GUUGCUAUUGGUGGGGAUGGGGCCCCAUUUGGGAAAUUUGACCAGUCUUGUGCUUGGUUAGUUAGCUUUCUCAACAUCGGUCAUAAGAUUUUAAGCAGCGAGGAAAAUUUCCUUAUCUUUGGUAGCAAUUGUAGUGAAACAAGCCCAGCAGUUGCCAAGUAUAUUUCAAUGAUAACUAAAGAGAUUGAGGAAAUUGAAAAGGCUUCAUUUAACAUUAAUAAUAUGGUGAUCAAGUUUAAAUUUGCAGAGCUUCCCAAUGACAUGAAAAUGUUGGCAUAUCUAGCAGGGGAGCUCCCAAAUAGUGCAAAGUACUUUUCAACUUUUGGCAAUGUUUGCAAUGAUGAUGUUCAUGAUGUAAGUAAAACCUUUGGCCCAGCCCCCACAAAUGCAUGGAAACCGUGGGAUUAUAAGCAACGAUUAUCUAUAGCUAACAAAGUUCGCGUUUUCAAAACAAAGUUGACCAAAAAGUCAGUAACAGAGUAG